AUGCACACAAGAGCUGAGCGGUUUGCAGACCCUGAGUCUGGGUUCAGGGUGGACUUGCAGAGGACAGAAUCCUCCCAAGUCGAAGCUGAGCAGGCGGGCCGUCUAUCCAACUCCAUCGUGCUUGAAGGCGACGAGAGGCUGGAAGGAGGCACAGGCGUCCUGGAGCCGCAGGCCUCGGUCGCCGAGGCGGUGUCAUCCCUGACCAUCGCCGACGCCUUCACCGCGGCGGGCGAGAGCCCCGCCCCGCCGCCCUCCGCGCUCAGUAGGAGGUUCAUCUGUUCCUUCCCCGACUGCAGCGCCAAUUACAACAAGGCGUGGAAGCUAGACGCGCACCUGUGCAAGCACACGGGGGAGAGACCGUUUGUUUGUGACCGUGAAGGGUGUGGCAAAGCCUUCGUCAGGGACUACCAUCUGACCCGCCACGUCCUGAUUCACACUGGGGAAAAGCCAUUUGUUUGUACAGCUAGUGGCUGUGAUCAGAAAUUCAACACAAAAUCAAACUUGAAGAAACAUUUUGAACGCAAACAUGAAAAUCAGCAAAAACAAUAUGUAUGCACUUUUGAAGGGUGUGAGAAGGCCUUUAAGAAACACCAGCAGCUGAGGACCCAUCAGUGCCAGCACACCAGUGAGCCACUGUUCAAGUGUGCCCAUGAGGGAUGUGGGAAACACUUCGCCUCCCGCAGCAGGCUGAAGAGACACGGGAAGGUCCACGAGGGCUACGUGUGCAAAAAAGAAUGUUCCUUCGUGGCAAAAACGUGGACAGAGCUUCUAAAACACAUGAGGGAAGCCCAUAAAGAGGCCGUAAGAUGUGAAGUCUGCCAGAAAACCUUUAAACGCAAGGACUACCUGAAGCAACAUAUGAAGACUCACGCCCCGGAGAGGGAGGUGUGCCGGUGUCCCAGGGAAGGCUGUGGUAGGACCUACACAACCGUCUUUAAUCUCCAGAGCCACAUUCUCUCUUUUCACGAGGAAAGGCGCCCAUUCACCUGUGAGCACGCCGGCUGCGGCAAAACGUUCGCGAUGAAACAAAGUCUCACUAGGCACGCCGUUGCGCAUGACCCUGACAAGAAGAAAAUGAACCUCAAAGUAAAACCGUCUCGUGAAAAACGGAGUUUGGCCUCUCGUCUCAGUGGAUACAUUCCUCCUAAAAAGAAACAAGGACAAAGCUCAUCUCUGCCUACAAACGGAGAGUCACUGAACUGUACUGAAGACAGGGUGCUCUCGACGGUCGCGAUACUUCCCCUCAACUGAACACCAGAUUGCUUUGCUUAAAGGACCACAGACCAGCCAGCUCAGUUCUUUCCUCCCAGAAGCACAUUUCUCUUUAUUAAAAUCAUGGAUGCACAACA